UGUUUCCAAGAGUCUCAGUUGUGAAGGACAUUGGGGAUUUAACAAGCACCUGAAGCAUCCAGGCAUGCUGGUCGCACUCCGUCGUAGUACUUCCUAUAGCACUGGCAGUAUUGCUAGGUCAAAUUUCCAAACUUCAGGUUUUGGGAUGGGGCUGAAUGGUGUCGCUAGCUCGGGUCAAUCCAUCUGUGGUGACUAUGGUACUAAUUUAGAUUUUUCAUCCUCAUCUUUUCCCUCUUAUGAGUUCUCAGUAUUUGGCAAUGAAAAGUUGGCUAUGCAGAAUCUUAACAGCCGUCUGGCAUCGUACCUGGAGAAGGUGCUCUCUUUGGAAACUGCCAAUCUAAAGCUUGAGCAGAAAAUAAAGGAGUUUUAUGAAAGCAGAACCCCCAGUAGCAGGAAAGAUCUGAGUAAAUACUACAGCAUCAUUGAAGACCUCCAGAAACAGAUUACUUCUAGGGCCAAAGAAAAACACCAGGUUUUCAUAAAGUUGGACAAUGCUAAUCUAACAGCUUCUGACUUUAAGAUGAAGUUUGAGUGUGAGAAGAACCUGCGUUUGACUGUAGAAGCAGACCUGACUCGUCUGCGCAUGGUUGUAGGGGAGACUGAGAUGGCAACCAAAGACCUACAACUCCAGAUGUCUGGGCUAAAAGAAGAACUGAUCUUCCUCAAGAAGAACCAUGAGGAGGAACUGCACAUGGUUCGCACCCAACAGAGCGGCGCAGUGAAUGUGCAAGUAGACUGCGCUCCAGCAGUAAACCUCAAUAAAGAGCUGGAGGAGAUGCGAGAGCAAUAUGAGGCACUCGUCCUAAAGAACCACAAAACACUUGAGCAGUGGUUCCAGAGCAAGGUAAAGAAUUUGAACAGUGAAGUGCUUAAAAGCCACACUGAGAUCACAAGUUCCCAAACAACCUUCAAUGACCUGAAGAAAACCUACCAGACCCUGGAGAUAGAAAUAAAAGGGAUUCACGCACAGAUUCAAAUCCUACAGAAGGAUCUGGUUCAGGUGGGGACACGAUACAGUGAGCAGCUAUCGCAGCUGCAGUUGCACAUAGACCGACUACAGACGGAGCUGCAGCAGAUCACCGCCAACAUGCAACACCAGGCCAUGGAGUACCAGCUGCUGCUGGACAUCAAGAUGAGGCUGGAGUUGGAGAUCGCUGAAUACCGGAGGCUGUUAGAGGGAGAAGGAUAUUGCAACCAAGAAUUUGAAGCAUCCAGGAUAACGACUGAGUCCAAGACGGUGACCAAAACAGUUGUGGAGGAGAAGCAAGAGACGCAAGAGGUGCAAGUGAAGGAAGAGGAACAUCAUCUCCACCAGAGACGGGUGAAGGUUAUCACGGAGGAGCUUGUGAAUGGAGUAGUUGUGUCCAGUACCACAGAUGAAGAAGUGCAGGAUUUGUCCAACUGAACAGAAAAUUCAACAGUCUAAUGUUGCCAUGCAUUUAAUUAUAACAAUAUGUAUCUACAGUCACUGAGCAAACUACUAAUGCAAACAUUUGGGGCAUUUGGAAUACAGCAGAGAUUCAUUGACAGCUGAACAUUUGUGUGGUGGUGCUUAUUAUAAAUGGUGUUGAGUGAAUGGCUUUGGGGUAUGAGGUAACAUAUUUUCAUGAUAUGCAUUGAUAUACGCAUUGUUUAGCCACUAGGUGUCAUGUUUAUCAAACUCAUCUGUGUUAGCGAUUCAUAUCAAGUGGAGCGUGCUGCCUACUAUAAUGAAAAAUAUAAUAUUCACAGACAUUUGCUUUGCUUUCAAAUGAUUCUGUUACAAUAAAAUGAAUUGUGCAAA